CAUGAAGUGUUCCGGUCUUGCAACUGUGAUACUCUUUGGACUCAUACAUUAUGGAUCCGCUAUAGUCUGCUACGAAUGCAAUAGUGCCAUCAACGCCAUGUGCUCGGGAACCAACCUGCCGGAGAGCUUGAAGCGGAACUGCUCCGAUCAUGACCGAGGAGUAACUCAUACACUUUGCAGAAAGAUUAUCCAACACGUAGACCAUGGAAUCAAUGGUCAAGUGCCAACUGGUAGAGUCAUAAGAAGCUGUGGAUGGGACGAAUCUAAAUAUAAGGGUUCCUGUUAUCAUCGGUCUGGGUACGGAGGUCGACAGGAGGUCUGCGCGUGCUCAACAGACUUGUGCAACGGGUCCCACCGCCAGACAGCUUCUAUGCUCUUCACCAUAUCUUCCUUAUUAAUCCUUCAGAAAAACGGUCUUACUUUGAUAGUGUAUAUAGUUUGAUACUCCCCAACAGGUUAGCCCGCUACCAUCUUAGACUGCGUCAUCAAUUACCACCAGCACGGCUAGUAUGGGCAGGAGACAAUUAUCUCUCCUACCUCCAUCGAAUUAAAAAUCCACAGCACCGGCCCAAACCC